AUGGAGGACUACCUGCAGGGUUGUCGACCUGCUCUGCAGGAGUCUCGACCUCUACAUGUUGUACUGGGCAAUGAAGCCUGUGACCUGGACUCCAUGGUGUCUGCUCUUGCUCUGGCUUUUUACCUGGCAAAGACAACUGAGACUGAGGAGAUCUUUGUGCCAGUUUUAAAUAUAAAACGUUGUGAGCUACCUCUGCGAGGUGAUAUCGUCUUCUUUCUUCAGAAAGUUCACAUCCCAGAGUCCAUCCUGAUUUUCCGGGAUGAAAUUGACCUCCAUGCACUGCACCAGGCUGGCCAACUAACCCUCAUCCUUGUUGACCAUCAUGUCUUACCUAAAAGUGAUGCCGCCCUAGUGGAAGCAGUCACAGAGGUGCUAGACCAUCGGCCCAUCGAGCAGAAACACUGCCCUUCCUGCCAUGUUUCAGUUGAACUUGUGGGGUCCUGUGCUACCCUGGUGACUGAAAGAAUCCUGCAGGGGGCACCAGAGAUCUUGGACAGGCAAACUGCAGCCCUUCUGCAUGGAACCAUCAUUCUAGACUGUGUCAACAUGGAUCUUAAAAUUGGAAAAGCAACCCCAAAGGACAACAAAUACGUGAAGAAACUGGAGGUUCUUUUCCCAGAUCUGUCCAAUAGAAAUGACAUCUUUGAUGCCCUGCAGAAGGCAAAGUUCGAUGUAUCAGGACUGACCACCGAGCAGAUGCUGAGAAAAGACCAGAAGACCAUCUAUAGACAAGGCACCAAGGUGGCAAUUAGUGCAAUAUAUAUGGAUUUGGAGGCCUUUCUUCAGAGGUCUGACCUCAUUGCAGAUCUCCAAGCUUUUUGCCAGGCUCACAGCUAUGACAUCCUGGUGGCCAUGACUAUCUUUUUCAACACUAACAAUGAGCCAGUGCGGCAGUUGGCUGUUUUUGGUCCCCAUGUGGCGCUCCGAAUAACGAUCUGUGGAGUCCUGGAACGCUCUCAGUCUCCAUUCCUAAAGUUAACUCCUAUCCCAAGCAUCCAUCCUAACCUUCAAGCCUAUCUUCAAGGCAACACCCAGGUCUCUCGAAAGAAACUUCUGCCUCUGCUACAGGAAGCCCUAUCAGCAUAUUUGGACUCCAUGAAGAUCCCUGCUGGACAGCCUGAAUCAGUGAGUGUGUCCAGGGAGCAGAUGGACAAGGAAAUGAACAAAGCGGGUAACUCCCUGAGUCCUGGACUAAGUCAAGAUGAAGAGGACCCUCCACUGCCUCCUACACCCAUGAACAGCUUGGUGGAUGAGUGCCCUCUGGACCAGGGGCUGCCGAAGCUCUCAGCAGAGGCCAUCUUUGAGAAAUGCAGUCAGAUCUCGCUGUCACGAUCAACCACUGCCUCCCUAUCAAAGAAGUGA